UAGUUUAUUUCUAAUAAGUAUCAUGGGAUGUGCACCGAGUGGAACACCUUACAAGAGCGGUGGACUUAGAUUGAUGGCAACCAAAAUUACUUUUACGAAAGAUCAGUUGGAUAAUCUUAAUGCGUAUUUCUUGAAAAAUAUAGAGGAGGAACAUUGUAGAGUUUUAGGAGAAAUAACAGAAAUUGAGGGAAUAGUGGAAAGAUUGGUUCAAAGAUUAAUUGUGGCUGUUGGUAACCUUGACUCCAGAUUCUCCAGUAUGUUUUUGGUAUCGCUAAAUGAACGACGCAGAAUAAAGCAAUUAAGAUUCGAGUAUUUAGUACGUCUGGACGCACUAUCAACUCCCACUGUACUUCAAGAUAAUGAAUCGGCAGUGAAUAUCGAAGAAGAUACGUCUAUGCCAGGAUUCGCACGACUUAAGAUACUAGGAUCAGGAGCAGAAUCCUGGAGUGAAUUUCUAGGUCCCGCAGGUAGGAUCAGAAGGGAUCUGCUCAAGAAUAGACUGACAAAUCUUUUGGCAGCCGCUAUAAAACCAGAAACCAUAAAAGAGAUCGACGACAGAACGUGCUUCACACCUGGGCAAGUGGUAGAUCCUGAGAUCCUUGACAAUAUUCUGAAACAACCGGAUCACUGCCGGAUCUUCUUUGGACCUGCAACGUCUGAGGGCACAUUUCCAGAACCACGAGAUCAUCGUAUAGCUAUAGUUGAAGACGCUUCUGGUAUUUUAUUAAAAGUCGGAUUAGGUGGUAUUUUUUCUAAAAAAUGCAAUGAAAUAGAAGUUAAAUUGUUAAUUGGAGCAGCUACCGCAACUUGGUCCAGUCUCGCAGAUUAUCCUCGAAGAGUACCACUUCAUCACUGCGAUGCUUUGCUCCACUUUACGGCAGCUCAAAGCGGUAUGUACGUCGUCGCCGUCGGUCCACAUCCUGGUGCCCGGUGCGAAGAUCGUGCCACUUUGUGGAAGAUUCGCAUACCAGCUGUUGAAACAAUUGCUGACCGUUAUUAUUCAGAAGACAGUGUACCAUCUCUCACAGAGUCAGUGCUCAUGGAAAUUCUUAAUCAAUUGCGAGGUAGACGAUCACUUGAUUUGCCGAUAAAAACUAAGGAUGUUCUCAGGAUCGUCUCCCGUCAUAUUCUCAAGACAAUUCACUGGUGGUCCUUGGAAAGAGCUGGUCCAGAUCCUCUCAGAAGCUGGGCGCCUAAUACUCUCUCAAGACACGUUCUUCUCGUACUAGACGAGUUGGUAACUGCGUUAAAAUGUCAAAACUUAAGAUGUUAUUUUUAUCCUCGCUGCAACGUGAUGCUACAGUGCACGAAAGGCGAUACCCUUCACGACGAGGAUUCCUACAUAUCGGAUUCAAGAGUUUUAGAGUCUUAUUUGAGUAUCUUACACCAGCACUCCUUGAACAUGUCGCCCAGUGUUCCUAAGCCUAUAGAUACCCUGGAGAACGAACUGAUAUCACGUUGGAAACGCACCAUAUCAUCCUUGCCUAGAGGUACCAUGGGAACACACUGUGGAUACACUGUCAGACAAUUGGAAUACUUGGGUUUGGUUGUGAAGGAGGUACUAGGAUGGAAGGAGCAUUCGGCUGAGGGCUUCGAAAACGGUUCCUUUUCGAGUUUUCCGAUAUCGCCGCAUAGUCCUGAGCCUGUUGAGAAUCUCCUUUAUCUCGUAACUCUGGUACUACGGCAGGCGAGGGAGCAGAUUUACGUGAUAACGGAUUGUCGGAACCGGAAACAGGAGCGACGCAAGCUCAAAAGCUACGGACGCAGGAAGAGCAACACAGCGACCUACUUCGACAGAUCCGUUGACGUGCUUGUUGAUCUGAUAAGACGUGAUAGAGAAACUGCUUAUUUGGAUUUAGAGAGUAACUCUAUUAUGGCCAGAACGCUUCUCAAAUGGUUAUAUUUUGCCAUGGAAAAUGAUAAGAAGACCCUGGGUCCAAUUCUGCGACCCUACCUUGGAAAUCUAUUUAAUUCCUCCCACGAGAAUGCCUGGCACGUCGAAUCUUGGAAGAAAAGACGUGAGAUCCUUGCCACGGAGAUGAGAUCCUUGGCGCUUUUUUGCAAAUUGGUUACAGCACAAGAGGUUUCACCUGCGGACGGUAUAGUCGAGGCUCUGUCAAAGGGCUGGUUAUGGGCUGAAAAUAUCACAAGGAUGAUCGAGAGAUCCGAUCAAGGGUUGAAGUUGGUUUUCAUAACGAGCACCAGAGUGAUCAAAUAUAACUUGACAUUUAGUAAUAACAAAGGACUGAGUACCUUCUCAACCUGGAGCAAAGCCAGGAACAUUAGUAACGCCCAUAAGAGAACCACCAUUGCCACGGCGAAUAUGCUCACUACGUGUCUGUUACAGGAACCAUCUCCUGUAACCCAAGGUUGGUUUGAUAAUGAGAUUAUGAUUAAAUUUAGAAAAAUUAAACAAUUGCGUAUUAAUUAAAUUGCGGUCUACAGUCAGGAUGGAUAUACAGAUGAUAUUUUAAACAGACGAUA